AUGUCAAGUUUUCUUUCAGCUCAUGAAUUAGUCGAAGAGAAUACUAUAUCAAAUAUGUCAGAACGUGAAAACCAUCGUAAGAAAAAGAAUAUACCAUAUGAAAUCCAAACAUUAGCGAAUAAAGAACAACUUGAACAUGAACUAUGUGAAUUUUUUGCUGAUAUUAAGCGACAGGAUGGAAAACAUUAUAAAGUCGAAUCAAUUGUAUUAGCUUACACCUCUCUUCGAUGUUUUUUAUUUGAGUUCUUCCGCAAAUUGAAAUUUAUUGAAGUUAUUGCUAUAGUAAUUGUCUGGUACUGUUCAAUAGAAUUUUAA